AUGCUGCUGAUAACUUUUGUGUGCUCUUUGCUGUUAUCGCUGAUAGGAACAGGGGCAAUAACGCAGAAGGAGGGAUACUGUGCAAUAUAUGAUACUUGUGGUAAGAAAUCACUCUUUGGCUCAGAAUUACCUUGUCCUUUCAAUGAAGAAGCUAUUCCAGCUACGGAUGAGCAAAUUUCAGAGCUUUCUGCUCUUUGUGGUGAAGAAUGGAGAGAAGAAUCAAAACUCUGCUGUACGAGUGAUCAGAUAUCUGAAUUGAAGGAGAAGUUGAAGAAGGCAGAUUCGUUAAUAUCAUCAUGUCCAGCAUGCCAAAAGAAUUUCAGAAAUAUGUUUUGUCAAUUCACCUGCUCGCCGAAUCAAUCUACAUUUGUUAAUGUCACCAAAACAGCUAGGUCAAUGGAUAAUAAACAGAUUGUCACUGAGCUUGACCUUUUCAUCAAUGAUGAGAUGGCUUCAGGGAUCUAUGACUCUUGUAAGAAUAUCAAGUUCUCAGCAACUAACGGUUUUGCAAUGGAUCUUAUUGGUGGUGGUGCUAAGAAUUACAAAGAGUUUUUGAAGUUUUUAGGUGAUGAAAAGCCUCUAUUAGGGGGGUCGCCUUUUCAAAUGGAUUUCCAAUACAACAAUGACAGUUCAAAUCCAAACUAUUUGAAUAAAGAGGUAUUUGGCUGCAAUGAUUCAAAAUAUAAAUGCUCGUGUUCAGACUGUCCUGAUAUUUGUCCAACUCUUGAUAAAUUUAGUCACAAAGCUUGCAAGGUUGGUGUAUUACCUUGUUUCUCAUUCUCAGUGUUGAUCAUUUAUGCAUUUGCUUUAAUUUUCUUUAUUGGGAUUUAUGGCCAUAGAUUCAAAACUAAAAAACUACAAUUACUUCAAGAAUCACCAUACCUGAGAGCUAGUACCAAUGAUUUGCCAGAAAUUGCUGUAAAGAAUGAAGUUUACUCUUUAAACACAUUUUUUGAGAAAUGUUUUAGUAAGCUUGCCUUUUAUUGUUCAAGCUACCCUGCUACUAUACUUUCAAUUACUUUAAUGAUCACAAUUCCACUUUCAUCGUGUGUUUAUUUCUUUGGUCAGUUGGAGAAAGAUCCUGUCAAUUUAUGGGUCAGCAGUGGCGCUGAAGCUUUUAAGCAGAAGCAAUAUUUUGAUGAAAAAUUUGGACCUUUUUAUCGUACAGAACAGAUUUACAUUGUGAAUGAGAAAGAUGGUGUAUUGAACACGGAAACUGUCCAUUGGUGGGCAAAGACCGAGCUUGAGUUGAGAAGUAUCAUCGUUGAUGAUAUAACAUAUGAAGAUCUAUGCUUCAGACCUACUGAAGAAUCAACAUGUGUUCUUGAAUCUUUUACCCAAUACUUCAAUGAUCAAAUCCCAAGAAAUUGGAAAUCAAAGCUUCAAGAGUGUACUUCUUCUCCUGUUAAUUGUUUGCCAACUUUCCAACAGCCUUUGAAAAAAGAGUUACUAUUCGGUGGUUAUGAGGGUGAAGAUGUUUUAAGUGCAAAGGCAAUUGUUGUAACAUUUUUGUUGAAUAAUAAUGAGGGCAUCCAAGAAAAUGCUACAAAAUGGGAAAACUCUAUGAGAAACUAUUUAUUGAAUCUUGAACCUCCUAAAGGUGUCAGAAUUAGUUUUAAUACUGAACCAUCACUUGAAACAGAACUCAACAAGUCAACAAAUACAGAUGUUAAAAUCGUUGUCAUAUCAUACAUUGUGAUGUUCCUUUAUGCAUCAUUGUCUUUGGGAGGGACAUUCAACAUCUUAAAAACAAGAUUCUCAUUAGGGUUAUCUGGAAUUGUUAUUGUGCUCUUAUCUGUGAGCUCAUCUGCAGGGUUCUUCUCUUUGGUUGGUGUGAAAUCAACACUAAUUAUAGCUGAAGUUAUUCCAUUUUUAAUUCUUGCUGUUGGUGUUGAUAACAUCUUCUUGAUUACCCAUGAAUUGAAAGGGAUCAAUUAUGCAUAUCCAAAUGAAAGUAUUCCUUUCAGAAUUUCAAAAGCAGUUGGUAGAAUGGGUCCUUCCAUUUUAUUGUCCUCCACUAGUCAGUUCUUAACAUUCGCUCUUGCAUCAGCAGUCUCAAUGCCAGCUGUUAGAAAUUUCGCCUUAUAUUCUGCUGGUGCUGUUUUAUUCAACUCAAUAUUACAAUUGACAGCUUUUAUUUCUCUUUUGAGUUUGGACCAAUUAAGAAUUGAUGAAUCAAGACUGGAUUUUUUCCCUUGUAUUAAGAUUCAAAGAUCUGUGAGAUUAGAUGAAGUAUCAGAAUUGUUUGAAAAUGAAAAUGAACAACAUUUUUUCGAUAGGGUUUUAGAUUUUUAUGCACCUCUUAUUUUAAAAUCAAAAAAAAUAAUCAUGUUUGUUUUCAUUCUAUGGACAUCAAUUUCAUUGGCAAUUUUGCCAAACAUCAAACUUGGUCUUGACCAAAGAAUUGCUAUUCCUUCAGAUUCAUAUCUUAUUGAUUAUUACAAUGAUGUUUACAAAUACCUCAAUGUUGGUCCUCCAAUUUAUUACAUUGUUGAUGAUUUAGAUAUCACAAUAAGGGAAAAUCAACAAAAACUUUGCGGAAAAUUUACAACCUGUGACCAAUAUUCUUUAUCUAACGUUCUUGAGCAGGAAAGAACACGUCAAAAUGUCUCUACAAUUGCAGAGCCUGUUGCUAGUUGGAUUGAUGAUUAUUUAACAUUUUUAAACCCUGCUCUUGAUGAGUGUUGUCGUUUGAGAAAGACUUCUGAUGAUAUUUGUCCACCUUUUGCACCUUCAAGACAGUGCAGAAGUUGCUUUGAGGAUAAAGACUGGGAUUAUUCUAUGAAUGGGUUCCCAGAAGGUGAUGAUUUUAUGAAGUAUUUUGAUAUUUGGAUUAAUGCACCUAGUGAUCCAUGUCCCUUAGGUGGACAAGCACCAUAUUCCACCUCCAUCUCUUAUGACAAUGAAACCAUCUUUUCUUCAGUUUUCAGAACAAGUCAUACUCCAUUGAGAUCACAAGAUGAUUUCAUUACUGCUUAUGAAGAAUCCUUAAGAAUAACAACUGAAUUGAAGGGUUAUUUGAAACAUGACAAAAUAUUUGCAUACUCACCAUUUUACAUCUUUUUUGUUCAAUAUUCUUCAAUCAUCAAGCUUACAUUUACAUUGAUUUCUGUUGCACUUGCUAUUAUUUUCUUGAACUCCACUUUACUUUUAGGAUCUGUUAGAUCAUCAUUGGUUCUUUUGUUGACCGUAACUAUGAUUUUAAUUAACAUUGGAGGUGCUAUGUCAUUGUGGUCAAUAUCUUUAAAUGCAGUUAGUUUGGUGAAUCUAGUUAUAUGUAUUGGGUUAGCUGUUGAAUUUUGUGCUCAUAUAACAAGGGCCUUCAUAGUUUCUGAUAAAGAUUCAAGAUUGGUGAAUGUUAAUUUCAGAGCUUAUAAUGCUAUCACAGGAGUUGGUGGUGCUGUUUUUGGUGGUAUCGCUACAACAAAGCUGAUCGGUGUUAUAGUCCUUGCAUUCACUCAAUCGAAGAUUUUUGAAGUUUAUUACUUUAGAAUGUGGUUGUCAUUGGUGGUUAUAGCUUCUCUACACAGUUUGGUGUUUUUGCCUGUUUUGCUUUCCAUAGUUGGGGGAAAAAGAUAUAUUUUUUCUGAAAACAGUACAGGAAUUGCUGAUGAUUUGACGAGCAGGCUCGGUGAUCUAAGAUGA